GCGCGGCGCAGUGCAUCCUGGGUCGGCGUAGCCAUGGCGGCUCGUGUCCUUUCCGCUUGUGUCCGCCGACUGCCUGCGGCCUUUGCGCCGCUCCCCCGGGUCCCCACGCUGGCCGCAGCCCGGCCUCUCAGCGUCACCCUGUGCCCCGCGGGGGCCCGGGCGAGGCCUGGGGCUCUGCAUCCUGCUUCGGUGCUCGCGCAGGUUCCAGUCACGCAGUUAUGCCGCCAGUAUAGCGAUGCGCCCCCUUUGACGUUAGAGGGAAUCAAGGACCGUGUUCUUUAUGUCUUGAAACUCUAUGACAAGAUUGACCCCGAAAAGCUCUCGGUAAAUUCCCACUUUAUGAAAGACCUGGGCUUAGACAGUUUGGACCAAGUGGAGAUCAUCAUGGCCAUGGAGGACGAAUUUGGGUUUGAAAUCCCUGAUACAGAUGCUGAGAAGUUAAUGUGUCCACAAGAAAUUGUAGAUUACAUUGCAGAUAAGAAGGAUGUGUAUGAAUAAAAUAUCAGGUCCCUUCUGGUUAUCUCCCACUCAAAGGGGGCCGGCCUUAGUGAUCAUCUUUAUCCUUGAGACGGGCCGUGAACAAUUCAUUCUUGGACAGGACUUCCUUGUCAGCGCUCCUCAUAAAAGCAGACUUGUACAAAACACUGAGUAAGGUAACCCAGAAGCGGAGUUACCCACCCGAAGCCAGCCCAGCCUGCUGUCCCAGAAGCUGUGAGAUGGCCUGACGCUUAAUCAGGCAGGAGAGGCCUCCUGGGUGAGAGGAUGGACUCUGGAGUCAGACACUGGACCUGAUUCUCAGCUUUGUCCGGGUCUGUAAACCUGGUGACCUUGGGCAGGCUGUCUAGCCUCUGAGCCUGUUUCCUCAUAUGUAAAAUAGGGAUAAGGAUAGGACCUACCUGAGGCUUUUGUUAUGGAGAAAUUUGGUGGUGUGUGCAAGCCCCUUGCAACCCUGCUUUAUGGUAAAGAAGCCUGUCUGUAGAUGUUAGCUAUUGUUAUUUAGACUCUAGGAUAAUCAAGUGAUUGACUAUAUGUAACUUUAGUUACCCUGGAUUGAGCACCUCAAAGUCCCUGAAAGUCAGUGCACCAAAAAGAAACAUUGAAUUUGCUUUGUUUUUGCCAGACCCCUUUUUUUUCAUUGAGAGAAGACUCAGAAGAUGCUGGCAAGUGUCUGGAAGUGAGAACGUGCUUUGGCCAUUGCCACCUUUGACAGAAUAAUUCUGUUUAGACUUGUAUUUAAAUUGUGUGUUUUUCCCUUUGAAAAUAAAUCUGUAAAACCAA